GCACAGAUUAUAAAUUAUUAUGAUGUUUUGUUUUUAUUUCUGAAUUUUAAUCUUAUUUUGUCCGUGUCGGUCUGCUCUCGGUGGCCGGUGGGUGGACAUAGAAUCGUGACCCUAUAGGUCAUCUUAUCGGUGCGGUCAUUGCACAGAAUAAUCAAUAGUAUCCUAUUGUCUCAUUAGACCAGCCAAGCAACCAGCAUUGCCUGUUCAUUCCAUGCUGUGAUUUUUCUUCAUCCUAGCUACUUUCGAGAGUGUGUCUAGUACGCCGCUAGGAUGCAGUUACAUUUUUCAAUUACAUGCAUGAUAUUAAUUAUAAGCAAUGUGGCCUGUGGAAGCAAACAUUUUCGCCUUGGUAGAAGCAAAGGAGGCAAUCUAGGUGCACCAGGGGGCUACCGUGGGGAACAACUACCUCCAGCUCAGUGGUUCAUACAAAAGUUGGAUCAUUCUAGCCCGUCAGAUUUAAGAACUUGGAAGCAGCGCUACUUUGUAAAUGAUAGUUUCUAUGACUUCAACAACCAGGGGCCUGUAUUUCUUAUGAUUGGUGGUGAAGGACCAGCUGAUGCUAGAUGGAUGGUCAAAGGGGCUUGGAUUGAUUAUGCGACAAAAUUUAAUGCUCUUUGUAUCAAUCUAGAACAUCGGUAUUAUGGAGAGAGUCAUCCAACAGAAGAUAUAAGCAUCAAAAACCUUCAGUACUUGUCAUCUUACCAAGCUCUCGCAGACCUGGCAAAUUUCAUCAAUGCCAUGAACAACAAAUAUAGACUUAGGAAUGAUGUCCGCUGGAUAGCGUUUGGCGGCUCCUACCCCGGUUCAUUAGCAGCAUGGCUACGACUUAAGUAUCCACAUCUGGUAUACGCUGCAGUGUCUUCUAGUGGUCCAUUAUUGGCAAAAGUUAACUUCAUGGAGUACUAUGAGGUGGUUGUUGAUGCACUGCGAGAAAAAACUGGUGGUGAAGAUUGUGUCAAUGAACUCAAAAUGGCACAUAAUCAAAUAACAACUAUGAUGAAAACUCAUCCUAGUGUUGUUGAGAAGGAAUUCAGGGUUUGCAAAUCUUUUGAAAGUGCUUCAGCAAAUGAUAUCAAGAAUUUCUACAAUUCCAUCGCAGAUGACUUUGCUGAUUUAGUCCAGUACAAUGAGGACAACAGGAUUAGUGCAGAUACUAAAUACAGAAAUUUAACUAUCAACACUGUGUGCAACAUGUUAACGUCUCCUGGGUCUGAACCAGCAUACAAGAAGCUUGCAGCCUUCAACUCUAUAAUAUUGGACAAAAGCAAUCAAACCUGUUUGGACUACAGCUAUGAUAACAUGAUCAAAGAAUUGAGGAACAUGUCUUGGGGCUCAGAAGGAGCUCGGCAAUGGAUGUAUCAGACAUGCACUGAGUUUGGAUUCUAUCAGACUUCUUCUGGGGAAAUUGAAGUGUUUGGAAAUGAUUUCACACUUGAUUUCUUUAUCCAACAAUGUGAAGAUAUUUUCGGAAGAAAGUAUAAUGCAGAUUUUGUUGCUGCAUCUGCUGAUUGGACUAAUAGCAACUAUGGAGCCCUUGACAUCUCGGUGUCUAGAGUAGUAUUCGUUCAUGGCUCCGUUGAUCCUUGGCAUGCACUAGGAAUCACAGAGACACUAGACAAUGGUGCACCAGCUAUUUAUAUAAAAGGAACUGCCCACUGUGCAAACAUGUACCCACCAAGUGAGAAUGAUUCAAGCAAUCUGAUUGAAGCUCGAGUUGAGAUUGAGCAGUACCUAGCUGGUUGGAUAGGACAGCCUUAACAUGCAUUUUACGUUCCUAAGCUGAGCAGAAUAUCAGUGCAUCUCUCAAACAAAGAUAUGCAAUCCUUAAAAAAACAUUUACUGCUUAAAAUAUUUACUGAAGUUUUACUGUCUUUUACCAUAAUGAGGGCUGAUUAAAUUGUUAUAGUUAAGCUGUUAGCAGUAGAUAAUGCAUUGAAACUAUUUCUUGAAUGCAAAUAUCUUCCAGUAGAUUUUUAUAUUCUGUUUUAUGUCCAACUAUUAGAUGUUUAGGAAAUAGAUAGAGGCUAGCAAUCUAGGGUCAUGAUUUUAUGCUCAAUUAUGUAUAGGAAAUGUUAAUAAGACCAUAAGGAACUAAACAGUUUUUAUAUAAUUAUUGAUAAUUGUAAUGAGUGCGAUCUGUGCAUUAUUCUGAUGUAUUUUUACUGAGAUUUAAUUUCCUCAAAUAUGCGAAAAAGACCAUAUCACUCAUUUUGUUUUUAUGGUAUUUACAUAAAAAAAAACUGGUAUAAUCUAUUUCCAACAUGGCUGGAACCAGAUUUUGUAUCAAAAGUGUGAAUGUUAUUGUUAUGUGUUCAUCGUGAUAAAAAUGAGGCAUUUCAUUUAAUUACAUUCCAUUUCGUUAGUUACACAAUUAAAUUUUAUGAACCUAAAUCACUCUUGGCAUAGAUAUAGAAUACAGUAGUGAUAUCCUAUUCUAUGAACCUUAAGGUACUAAUUGGUGCUUACAUCUGUUUAGAAUGUAUAGUGGCUUAAAAGAUUUAGCUUCCGAUUUGGCAUUUAUAUUUGAAUUAAUGAUAGAUAUGAUAAUAUGGCCCUUUCAAAUUCGAAUAAAAAUAGGUCAAAGCCAAAGAAUUUCGUAAUACGUGCUAGAUCAAUAUAAUCCAUAUUGUGAUGUGCUUUGUGAUCAGUUUGAAUGCAUUUGAAUAGUUUUAGAACGUUUAAUCUAAAAUCUCAGUAGUCUGAGUAGUAAGUAGGUGUUAUGUAAACUCACCCGUGUUCUUUGUUGAUAUAUGGAAUCAAGAUUACUACAUGUGUAAUAUUUACCUUAGGGAUAUUUAGCAUGUAGCUUUUCCUAAUUGUAGUAUAUUAUUAAAACUUGAAUAAAUAAAACAUUCUAAAUUGAAACAAAGACUUCCAUAA